AUUGAAGUUUUAUACUUGUUAGAUACCCCAAGCACAGGGAACUUGAAGCUCCAUAGAACAUAUCUGUUUCAGCCGAGCGACAGGACCGGCCUUCAUACACUCAUUGCUUUUUCGUCUAGUUUUGUUUUUCUUUUCUUUUUUCUGUCAGGCAUUUUCUUGUCUCAUUUAGUUUCAUCAAUAGUCCCUAACAAAGUAUAUAUGUUGAAUUGACCUCGAAGUUGAAACAAGUCUAUACUACAUAAUAUGAAUAAUUCUGGAUUGAACAACCAGAUGACGGCAAUGGCUCCACAGAAUCAAAACUUUGUGAAUCCCGUCAUGCAACAACAAAACGGAUCUCAACAACUUGGCCCACAACAAGCAUUUCCCCAAGGAUCUCCAAACAUGCAAUUUUCUGCACCUCAACAGAGGGCUAAUAAUAAUAAUAAUAAUAAUGGGUCAGGCUAUCCUGGGGGCCCGCAACAAUUAUCGCAUCAACAGAUGUUAAUUCAACAACAGUUACAACAACAAUUACAACAACAACAGUUACAACAACAACAACAACAACAACAAUUACAACACCAACAUAUGCAACAAGAUCAACACCAACAGAGGCCGAUGUCGAUGCAAAGACAGAACACGGGUCAACUGUUCAGUCCGAAUCCAGGAGCUAUGCAAGGGGGUAAAACGGCCCAAUAUAGUCCUAAUGUAAUGAUGACAGCCCCAAAUUCAGCUCCACUUCCAAACUCUAUACCAGUAUCGGGUGGUAAUUCUCUGAAUCAUACUCCUCAGAUGGCUAGUCAGUCCCAACCUCAACAGAUGUAUCCCAUGCAGAAUCAACUCCCGCAACAUCAACAACAAAUGAAUCAACAGUCACAACAAGCACGAGCACAACAAGCCCAGUUGCAACAAUCUCAGCAAUCGCAGGCCCAACAGGCCCAAGAAGCACAAUUACAGGCCCAAGCACACGCCCAAGCUCAACAAGUCCAACAAGCUCAACUGCAGGCACAAGCACAGGCGCAAGCACGGGCACAACAGGCUGCCCAAGCUCAGGCACAAGCUCAAGCUCAAGCACAGGCACAACAGGCUGCCCAAGCUCAGGCACAAGCUCAAGCUCAAGCACAGGCACAAGCUCAGGCACAAGCACAAGCACAAGCUCAGGCACAAGCUCAGGCACAAGCUCAGGCACAAGCUCAGGCACAAGCUCAGGCACAAGCCCAGGCACAAGCUCAGGCACAAGCGCAAGCGCAACAGGCGCAAGCGCAAGCACAAGCACAGGCCCAAGCACAGGCCCAAGCACAGGCCCAAGCCCAGGCACAAGCACAGGCACAAGCACAGGCACAAGCACAGGCACAAGCACAGGCACAAGCACAGGCACAAGCACAGGCACAAGCGCAAGCGCAACAGGCACAAGCCCAAGCCCAAGCACAAGCCCAGGCACAAGCACAGGCACAAGCACAGGCACAAGCGCAAGCGCAACAGGCACAAGCCCAAGCCCAAGCACAAGCCCAAGCCCAACAGGCCCAGGCUCAAGCUCAAGCAAGGGCACAAACCCAGGCCCACGCCCAAGCACAAGCACAAGCACAAGCCCAGGCUCAAGCACAAGUACAAGCUAGAUCUCAAAAUCAACCAUCGAAGCAAUUACAAAAUAUUCAAUCAACCACCAAUUCACAUACACCAACUCAGGCCGAACUUGAAAAUCAAGGACUCCAAGGACCCCAGCCACAUCAAGGACCCGUCCCUAAUGUAUCACUGCAAAACUCUAAUUCUAAUGCUAAUUCAGUGAAUGGAUCAACGGCUACGCCUGUAAUUCCACAACAACAACAACCAACACCACAAAGCCAACCAAGAGCAGGACCAGCACCUCAAGCACAGAUUCCAAGCUCGGUACCGAAUGUACCGGAUCAAUCCCCACGAGGUACGGAACGUGGACCAACUACAAGCAAUGGUCAAUUUAAUAAACCUGGGAGUCAACUGGAACCACAAAGUGAAUUAAAUGCUAAGAUUUUUAAGAAGAACUUGGGAAAUGCUGCUAUUGUUAGAAUUCUUGAUUUAGUUGAUCAAAUAUCAAAUGAAUCCUCACAAAAUAUUACCAGAAUUGAAUAUUGGCAAAGAUUAAUGCAAGCAUACUUUACCCCAUCUUCAAUCUUUAGAUAUAGUAGCGCAAUCCCAAGCACGAACAAACUAUAUGGCGGUCAUCUUCUGUUUGAAUUAAAUUCAUCUACUGCUUCGAGAUUCUUUUUGGCAAAUGUUUUAUCCAAUGAUGUCAGUAAGUUCACUAUUAGUCUUCCAGGAUUAAAAUGUCAAGUCAUUGAUAAUGGUUCAAUACUUAUUGCUUGUCGGAUGUCAUUGAAUAUAACUUACAGCGAUGAAUCACAAGCUACUAUUACUGGUAAUUGCAAAUUAUUGAUGAAUAGGGAAUUCCGCAUCGAAUGGGUAGAUUGCCAUAUUUCUGGCUAUAAAACGUCUAUUAAUUUCUCUGGUUUAGAUAAAUAUUGGAAUGAUUAUCGAGUUGCUCAAAGACCCAAUUCAAAAUUUGAUAUUUCUCAACAACAAGAGUUUUUUAAUAAACUCUAUGGGUCUUCUCCUGCAAUGACAUCAGCAGCAAAUUCUGGAUUAGAUGAAAAUGCUAUGCGGAUUUUAAAUGUGGGAGAUGUCAUGUCACAUCUCAAAUCUUUAAUGGCAUUUUCCAGCAGUGGGAAUGUCAACUCGCCAAUCAGAGCCAUGGAACUCUAUAUGAUUAACCAAUUCAAUCAACAAGGGCAACAACAAAAUCAAUCGCAACAGCAGCUGGCUGCUACCAUCCCUGGCGAUAAGUCUUUAGGGGGGACGGUUCAUCGUAAUGGAAAUGGUUUGAAUAAUUCACCAUCACCUUCAACAUUUGGUGAUACCAAGCCCAAUAUAAAGAAAAGAAAGGUCAGUAUGUCUGCCAAUGGAACAGCAGGUAGUCCGUUAGCUAUGGGUAGUGGUAUACCCAAUGGUAUUAAUAAAGGGGGUCCGAAACGGAAGUGAGAACGAUUUUAUCGAAGCUUCAUAAGUAUAUAUCUAUAUAGAUAAUGAUAAUAUCAUGCGUAUAAAGAUGUUGAAUAGUUUUCUUUCAGAU